AUGCUACGACAAACCGUUUCGGCCACCUCCAGAGCCCUUCGCUCCACUGCCAGACUCGGCACCCAGAGGCAAACCAUUGCGAUUGCCCAAUCCUACUACCAGACACCACUCGCCAUUUCGAGGACAAGGUGGUACAGCUCCGAAACGGAUGCCGCAAAAAAGAAUGGAGAGGAGGGGAAGGAGAACGUCGAGGCCGAGAGCCCUGAGGCCGCUCUAAAGAAGCAAUUAGAGACGAAGGAUGCCGAGGUCCGCGACCUCAAGGACCGCUACCUCCGCUCCGUGGCCGACUUCCGCAACCUGCAAGACCGGACACAGCGCGACAUGAAGGCGGCGCGGGACUUCGCCAUCCAGAAGUUCGCCAAGGACUUGGUCGAAUCGGUCGAUAACUUCGACCGUGCCUUGACCAUGGUACCCCAGGAGAAGCUCAAGCCUGAGAACAAGACGGAACACACUCAGGACCUAGUCAACUUGUACGACGGCCUCAAGAUGACAGAAAACAUCCUGUUGUCGACGCUCAAGAAACACGGCCUCGAGCGCUUCGACCCCAACGGCGAGGUGUUCAAUCCCAACGAGCAUGAGGCCACCUUCAUGACUCCCAUGCAGGACAAGGAACACAACACCGUCUUCCAACACCCAGGAGAAGGGCUUUAA